AGUGAUUUUACACAGCAAGACAUGUCAUGCCAUAUAAAUUGCUCACAGCAUCAAUACCAAGCUAGAAAUUGCACCACAUUUUUUUGCUCGUACUGUCUGCAUAUCUACUCGUUAUAACUUUUGUUUUGACAACGAGAGCUGUUGAAUUUUUAAAAAUUGCCGUCCGAAAGAAAUAAGCUGCAUUUUCGCCUUUUCCAGAAUUAUUUCACUACUGCUGAAAGUUUUAAAGGGAAUUUCGCCUAUAUACAAGCUAUUAAUAUGUUAGACGAAGAAUUAUUUGCGGAACCUUGUUUGGAGCGCCAUUUCGCCGGGCAUUGCUCUGGUAUUACGCAGGUGCGGUUUAGUCCGUGCGGCCAACGUUUGGCUACCAGCUCCUUAGAUAUUUCCGUGAUUUUGUGGGAUCUAAAGCAAGCUGCGCGUUGUAUCCGUUUUAGUGCGCAUUCAGGAGCUGUGGAUUGCGUAAGCUGGUCUCCAAAAUCAAAUUUAGUGGCUUCGGCGAGUAAAGAUCGCACUGUGAAGAUUUGGGAACCGAAAAUACGCGGCGUUUCUGGUGAAUUUUUGGCACAUAGCAAGGCGGUUCAAAGUGUAGAUUUUGAUCCCAGCGGAACGAUGCUAAUUACAGCAUCAGACGACAAAACGCUAAAACUCUGGAAAGUCGCCCAACGCAAAUUCCUAACAUCUUUCACUGGACAUACAAAUUGGGUGCGUGCAGCAAAAUUCAGCCCUAAUGGCCAGUUAAUUGCAUCGUGCGGCGACGAUAAGUCGUUAAGAAUUUUCGAUACAUCUUCAGGCGAAUGUGUGCGAACGUUCACCGAGGAAAGAGGUAUGGGACGACAGCUGGCAUGGCAUCCAGACGGUAAUCUGGUGGCUUUAGCAUUAAGUUGUAACCGCGUUAAGAUAUUUGACAUAGCCGAAGGCGAGCUGAUACAAUUGUAUCAAGUACAUUCGGCGCCGGUGAAUGAUGUUGCAUUUCACCCAAGUGGAAAUUUCUUGUUGACUGGCGGCGAUGACGAUACAAUAAGAUUGCUCGAUUUAUUAGAAGGUCGACCAAUUUAUACACUAACUGGCCAUACUGACAAAGUUUGUGCCGUCGCUUUCUCUCCAGAUGGUAGACAUUUUGCUUCCGCGGGCGAGGAUCGACAGUUGCUCGUUUGGAAAUCUAAUUUACAUACAUUUGAUGCCAAUAGCUUUCGCAACAAACAAGCCAGUUCUCAAAGAGUCCAAAUAGAUUUUAGUCAUGCAACAGCUCCACAUAACUCCGCCAUAGACACACCAGCUGCUGGGGCACCAAAAGGCUGUAAUGACAGUAUUUUAAUUGACCCACGACAAUCGGUGGCAUAUGGAAUGCGUGAUGAAAAUUUUCAGGUGCUUGAUAGCCAAUAUACUACAAGAGAGCCAUCUCCAAGCAGCUUCACCACACCACACCAUCAACAACACGAGUCGUUAGAUAAAAUAGGAACAAACGCUUCUGCUGAAAGCAUCAGUAACAAAAGCAACAGCAGUACCUCGUUUCUACACAUGCCAAACAAAAGUAACAACAGCGUUGGCCAGAGAACACCAAGCAAAUAUUUUUAAUUUUCAUUUUUGCUUAUCUUAAGAUUUUUUUCGCUUAACUGCUUGGAAUGCUGCUGAUGGUAUUGCCUCUUUGUCGGACUUAAAAAAAUGAAGAAUAAAACCAUUUGUGUUAAAGAAUGGAAUUUAUACCGAUAUCUUCAUUUAUUUAUACCAUAUUUAUUAAUUUGUUGCCGUGUCCGAAAUCUCUUUUUGACACACAUUUUUUAGCAUUUCUACUAUACUUACAAAUAAAAUCUAGUUUAUAAAAUCAAAUUGAAAUCUGUUUCAUUUAUACUCAUAGAUAUUAAACUUUGAAAUGUUGCGGUGUGUUUCGACGCAAACAUCAAGUAAAGGCGAUUUGGAGUUAGAAUUAAGCGCAAUACAGACACAAUUGGCGGAAAUUGUUACUACGUUGCAACAGCUACAGCAAAGAAUAAUAUUCAUAGAAAAUGCAUUGUUUG